GCGAGGUGACGCCGACAACGCUUCGUGCAGUGGCUGUCUAGCUGAUUACAUUGGCAUGAUUUUCUGUUUGUCUGUUUGUUUGUGAACUCUAAAGUGUAAGAUAUUGUGCUUGUUAUUUUCGUAUACAUACUCACUGUCGACUCACAUACUUAUUAGCUAGUUUAUAAUUAGAAUAACUAGAGAUGGCGGAGUGCUUCAGUCUCCAGAAUGUGUUAGAGACCUUUAAGUCUUCCCUCAGUGACAACAAGGAAGUCUACAUCAAGUACUACAUAGCAGGUUGGAGAGAGCUUGUGAGCUUCAUGAAUAGCCUGGGAACGGUGUUCUCCUUCAUCUCCAAGGAUGCAGUCAACAAAAUUCAGAUCUUGGAGAACUUCUUGGCAAGUGAGAAUGGCUCUCAUUACCUUACUAUCCAGUCAAUGCUAAAGUUCGAGCUGGACAAUGAACUGGUGGACCUCACCAAAAGGGCCAACCACCCAGAAUCGGGCUGCCGCACCCUCCUGAGGCUGCAUCGUGCCCUCCUCUGGCUCGAGCUCUUCCUGGAGCGUUUGCGCACCAGCACUGAGGAGAGCAAAACCUCUGUGAUGUGCUCAGAGGCCUACAACGAGUCCCUGGCCCGGCACCAUGCCUGGAUCAUCCGGAAAGCCACUGGGGUGGCGUUCUGUGCCCUUCCCGGACGGGAUGCUUUCUUUGAGGUGAUGAAUGCGGGAAGCCACGAGGAGGUGGUAAACCUGUUGGGAGAAGCUUUGCCCCUCAUCUCUGAAGUGUAUCAGAUCACAGAGGACUUGUAUGCAAAGAACAACCUGCUGGAGUUACCAUAAAAUGCGCUGGAAAGACAUCACCGAUCAGAAGCUCUGAUAUCUGCUUCAUUUCUGUUUAUUUUCCAGAAGGUUUACAGAGUAAGGAUGUGAACUGAUGGAUAGAGGACAUUUAUGAUUCGCUGCUAUAUGACAUGAUCCAUAGGUGCUUAACGGAGGAUUAUGACAUAUUCAAAAGACAAAUAUAAACACUCCAUCCUUCAGUCGUAGCCUAUGUCUUGAGCCAUAUUGAUGUAGGCUAGAGAACCUAACUUGUUCACAGUGGUGGUGAGAGGAACCAGGCGACUGGUUAAAAUGAUUUCCACUGAUUUUUCAAACUUUCUGCAUAAAUGAAUGGAUAGAAUGUAAACGAAGUUGUCCAGAGUGGUAAAAUAAGCUAUCUCACAUAAAGCCAUUACAUAAAGUUAGUACGAAUAUGUUGCCUGGUGCCCGAGGUAUCAGUUUAUGAUAGUUCUGAGAUAAGGUUUAGGUUCAGAAAACAUUUUUUAAAUAUAUGCAGGAUGUUGUUCACCAAAUUAGUUCCAUAAAAACUCAGGAGACACAAUCUGAGAAAAUGUUCUGGCUCCCAUCACGACCAUUUUAACUUUGCGGAAAUAGAAUAUAUAUUUUUUUUAAUUACCAAGUCGGUAAGUUUCUCUGCGAUGCACCAAGUCACAUCAAACCACCCUGAUCGACUUUACAUGUCAGUGAUGGAAUUAUGCAGAAAUUUUCUAAAAUGGGUGGAAUUCCCCUUUAAUUGUGGUAUAUGCAGACCAGUUAGCCAUUCAAGCUUAUUUUAGCGUUUCAGUUACACUGGUAAGUGACCAAGAUCGAAUAUUAAAUAUAGUCAAAGUCACUGUAUGCAAUUAUUUUUGGUUCAAAGGGACAUUUUGAAUGGAAUUUCCAUAAUAUUCUAUGGUGUUUAGUAAACAUAUAUCCGUAAUGUAUUACAUACUGGGUCAUACGCGUGUGUUCCAUAUUGUAAAGGUUAAGAAUGUGCAUUAGAUUAUUAUCUCGUUUUGAUUUUCAAUGUUCUGCUAGAAAAACAGGUUUUGUUGGAUGUUCUGGUGUAAUACACAUAUUUACAGUCUUUACACGGUGAUUCGGUUGGGUAUGUGUCUUUUCUUGUACGUAUUAAAUGAAUGUUGGAGAAACGGGCAUUUGUGCUACACUGCUGACCAAGAAAUUAAACUAACCAUAUACCCAAACCAUA